CACAGCCACUGUAGAAAACGAAAGUGGGUGAACCAUCUGUUUCUUCUUCAAGCUACCAUGAACUCUGAAGCUGGCAGGUCACAGGGCGAUACAAGGAACUACCAUUCUUCUCAGGUUCGCAAAGAAGAGCAGAGUGAUUACAAUACCUAUCAAAUUAAGGUGGAACCUAGAAAAAGAGCAAAUGAUAUAACAAACACACAGAACCAACAGGAAUACUCACCUAAGAAAUGUCGGCAACAUCAGACCACUUCUCCAAAUCAGAGAAUUACCAUCACCUUAGAUGGAAAUGACAAGGAAAAUAAAAAUAUGAAACACCAGGCCACAGAUAGGAAGACAGAUAGGUCAUAUGAAGCACGCAUCAGUGCCAAUGCUGUCAACGAAGAGAUAGAAAGUCAAAAGAGUGGGUGCAUAAACUUUGGCUUGUCCCUCUGCUUUCCAGGAGUGGAUAUUACAUUUUCUGAAACUAAAAGUGAAGAGAGUAAAGAUAAGCAAGUGAGUGGUUGGCAGAACCAGGUAUGUACUGACUGCAUUGAAUUUUACGUCUAUGCAGUCGGGAAGAGGAAUGAAAGGAUCCUGAAGGAUAGAGAAGAGGGGAACAAACUCUGUGUCCGUGGCUUCAAGGGAGAGACCAUCAAAGACACUCUGAGGAAGGAUGGCAGAUUUUGUUCCUUUGUAGAGAGUGACCAUUGGAAGCUUGUUAAAGACCUGGACAUCGUCAUAGAAAACACCCAGCUAGUUGAUGAGUUAGAGGGCAAGCUCUUUCAGGUUGAGGUUGAGAGAAAAAAGUAUCCUCAAGCAGCAGACUCCACUGAUUUAGAGAAGCCAUCUUACUGCACGUUAAAAGAAUACAUUGUGGAUGAGUACCCCAUGUUGAAAAGAGAAUGUGAGAAACUCAGAGCAUACAUCAGGAAAGAGAGUGAAAAACCAACUAAGACUUCUUCAUUUGAAAUGCAUAAAGCAAACUUCAGGAAACUGACAAAAAACUCCACCCCAGCUAAAGUGCUCAAACUUCUUUCACGGUUCAGUGACUCAGUUGGGCUCCUAGUUUGGAACAACGAUGGAAACGAAGGCUGUGCCACCUGCUUCGUUUUUACAGGAUUGUACAUCUUCACUUGCCGGCAUGUGAUAAAUGACAUCGUGGGGAAAGACGUAGAGCAAAGUAAGUGGGCAGAUACCAUUAAUCAAUGUGCGAAAGUCACAUUUGAUUAUGAGGAGUCCCUGGCAAAUGAGGACAACUGCUUCUUUUCUGUUGAACCCUGGUUUGGGAUAUCUGAUGAAACUCUUGACUACGCUGUCCUGAAACUGAAGGAAAACGAACAACAAAUACCUGCUGGGUUGUAUAAUGGAACAACUCCUGUACCGUCCAGUGGGUUGAUUUAUAUGAUUGGUCAACCUGAUAUGAAACAGAAGCAUAGUGAUGGCUGUGCUGUGGUUUCUCUAGACGAGCACGCUCAGGAAAGAGAGGCCGCGGAAGACAGUGCCACUAUGCAGUAUAUCCAUAUGUACACCCAAAGAAGCUUCCAGGAAACAGUUCACGAACCUGGUGUGCUUGCCCGUGACAACACUUUUUACUGUGGCUCUUCUGGAUCUCCUGUAUUCGAUUCUAAAGGGUCACUAGUAGCCAUGCACACUGCUGGCUUCAUCUGUGAGUAUGAAAGUGGUGUUUCCAGUAUCAUCGAGUUUGGCACGGCUAUGGAAUCCAUCCUCACCGACAUUAAACAAAAGCAUGAAACAUGGUAUAAUGAGGAAUGUGUAAACCGACAGGAUGUAGAAAUGAAUAGUCUAGAUUAUUGA